AGCCCGGAGGGAGGGAGGGAAGGAGGGAAGGAAGGAAGCUGGGAAGGAGCGAGCGAGCGGGGGCGCGAGGCGUUCACCUGGAGGCAGCGCUCGAGCGCGCGAGCGGCCGCGGCUCCCGCACCUGCGGCCAUGGACGAGGAGCGCGCCCUCUGCAUCGUCCGAGCCGGCGAGGCGGGCGCGAUCGAGCGGGUCCUGCGGGACUACAGCGACAAGCAUAGGUCUACUUUCAAGUUUGAAUCCACAGAUGAAGAUAAAAGAAAGAAACUCUGUGAAGGCAUAUUUAAAGUCCUUGUAAAGGAUGUCCCAACAACGUGUCAAGUGUCCUGCCUGGAAGUACUCCGUAUUCUCUCCAGAGACAAAAAGAUUUUAGUUCCUGUAACAACUAAAGAAAAUAUGCAGAUACUGCUGAGACUAGCCAAGCUAAAUGAGUCAGAUGAUUCUUUGGAGAAAGUGUCCGAGUUCCCCGUUAUUGUGGAAUCGUUAAAGUGUCUAUGUAACAUAGUGUUCAACAGUCAGAUGGCACAGCAGCUCAGCCUGGAACUUAAUCUUGCCGCAAAGCUCUGUAACCUCCUGAGAAAGUACAAGGACCAAAAAUUUAGCAAUGACAUUAAAUGCUCUGACUUGCGCUUGCUCUUCCUCCUGUCACUUUUGCACACUGACAUCAGGUCACAAUUGCGCUAUGAGCUCCAAGGACUACCGCUGCUAACCCAGAUCUUGGAAAGUGCCUUUAGCAUCAAGUGGACCGAUGAGUAUGAAUCGGCCAUAGACCAUAAUGGACCUCCUCUAUCACCUCAGGAGACAGACUGUGCCAUUGAGGCCCUCAAAGCUCUCUUCAAUGUGACGGUAGACAGUUGGAAGGUGCACAAAGAGAGUGAUUCUCAUCAGUUCCGUGUCAUGGCAGCUGUCCUUCGCCAUUGUUUACUAAUCGUAGGUCCAACUGAAGACAAAACAGAAGAGCUGCACAGCAAUGCAGUCAACCUUUUAAGCAAUGUUCCGGUCUCUUGUUUGGAUGUUCUCAUUUGUCCACUAACCCAUGAAGAAACAGCCCAAGAAGCGACAACUCUAGAUGAACUGCCCAGCGAUAAAGCAGCUGAGAAAGAAACAGUUUUGAAAAACAGUGCUGUGGUGUACAAUGGUAUGAACAUGGAGGCCAUUCAUGUUUUACUCAGUUUUAUGGAGAAGAGAAUAGACAAGGGAAGCAGCUAUAGAGAGGGUCUAACUCCAGUUCUCAGCUUAUUAACAGAAUGUUCCCGAGCCCACCGAAACAUCAGAAAAUUUCUCAAAGAUAAGGUGUUACCGCCCUUGAGGGACGUCACAAACCGACCUGAAGUUGGCUCGACUGUGAGGAACAAGCUGGUGCGCCUCAUGACCCAUGUUGACCUUGGCGUCAAGCAGAUCGCUGCUGAGUUCCUUUUUGUGCUUUGCAAAGAGAGAGUGGAUAGCCUGCUGAAAUACACUGGCUAUGGGAACGCUGCGGGACUGUUGGCUGCCAGGGGCCUCUUGGCUGGAGGAAGAGGAGAUAAUUGGUACUCAGAGGAUGAGGACACAGACACUGAAGAAUACAAAAAUGCAAAACCAAACAUUAAUCUUAUCACUGGUCAUUUAGAGGAACCAAUGCCAAACCCCAUAGAUGAAAUGACAGAAGAACAAAAAGAAUAUGAAGCCAUGAAACUUGUCAACAUGCUUGAUAAACUUUCCAGAGAAGAGCUGCUUAAACCAAUGGGACUGAAACCUGAUGGGACAAUAACGCCUUUAGAGGAAGCACUCCACCAGUACUCUGUCAUCGAGGAGACCAGCUCCGACACAGACUGACCACGUCCUGUGCCCAGCUCUCAGUAUCGCUUUAUCAGCAGCUUUUCUCUGUAGCUCCAGGGGAGUCUUUUCUCUAAAACAUUUAUGCCCUUGCUUUGGCUAGAAACACAUUAACUGGUUUACUCGUUGAGAGUCCAGCAUAUUUAAGAGGUGAUCCUGUGUUUUUUGCAAUUUUGAGGCAUUUGUGCUGAGCUGCAGUUAGACGAUUACGGGCUGGAGGCAGAACGCGUAAUUCUGUUGCGUCAGGGUGCAGUGGAGGACUUCAGCCUGUGCAGCGUCCCUGGCUGAGUCUGCAGCUGUCUUCGCCAGGGUUCUGAGCAGCGGAGCUGGCCGUGCCCGCCCCUGGCUUGCUCGUGUGAGCGGCCCUCCUGAAUGUCUCCAGCUGCCGAGGUGCGGUGAGCAGGGUGAGCUGGUCAGUGAGGGCUGAGCAAGGGCUCCUGGGUCGGGACUGACUGAACGGAAGCCAAGCAGCUGCUCUGUAACCCUAGCCCCAUUCAUUUCAAUUUUGUACAUUUAGAAGCACACACACAUGCGCACAGAGCCCCGGACUUAACAGCCCGAUCUCACCCUAAAUGCUUUGUAUGUCACCGAGCUGGAACUUCAGAAUACAUCCUCCCCAUGAAGAGUCACGGAUGAUGGUUCUGUUCCCAGGCAGCUUCAAAUGCCUAUUUAUUCCCUGAUGUACCUGAACACUAGGACCACAGACCCGAACCACCAUCCGGACCAUGGCGUGGGAGCAUGCAUUCUGAGGCAGAACCUAGGGUGUCAGGAACCACACGCCCUCCGUCCCACAGAGGGAAUGGGGACCCCUGAGUAAUGGGGCGGGGCAGCGCCCUUUUGUACAUACAGGUCAUUCAUCUGUCAUGUGUUUUAAACCGGGGUCAGCAUGUGUGUGUGUGUUCUACCUUUCUACCAGAUGUGAUCAGUUUAAUGGUAACUUUAUUUAUUUAAAAAAAGAAACACAGAUAGUUACUAUUAAACUGACUAAGGCUGUUUAUUUUUACUGUUAGAACUGGUCAUAUGAAGAAGUAGAAAUGCACUUGUACAAUAGACAGUGGACCUAGUGAGUCAACGGCUGAAAUUGAGAAGGGUUGGUUUCCUUUUAUAUGUAUGUAUGUGUGCAUGUAUGUGUGCGUGGGGACACAUACGUGCAUAAGUGUACACACACAUAGAUAAUGUGCUUAACCACUGCCUUUUAAAACUUUAAAUUAAAUAAAACAUUGGGGUUGAUCGAUUUAGA